GCCACUGCGGUAGGAGAACACAAAAACGUAAACGUAAGCGUGAGCGCAGAACAGGAACAGUAAAAAAAGCGCAGGAAGCGAUCCUACGAAGGUCCUCCUAUGUUCAUGCCAACGGGAGGGGGUGGGAAGGGAAACAGGCCACAAUCAACACACCAGCAGAACCACAACCACCAGACCCAGCACCACCAGACGUCACACGGUCACACGCAUUCGCACCACCAUCACCAGAACCAGUCGCAACAACAGCAACAGCAGCAACAACAACAACAGCCGCCGCCGCAGCAGCAACAGUCGCGCAUCUCUCAUCUGCACCAGCAACAGGAUCAACAGCAGCAACAGGCAGCGCACGCAGUGUUCGUGCCGCAGCAGAGCGGGGUCUCGAGUCUCGGUAGUCUACAUCAUCACCACCACCCCCUACCGCAACAGCAACAACAGCAGCUGCAGCAGCAACAACAACAACAGCAGCAGCAGCAACAUCUUCAACAGCAGCAGCAGCAACAUCUUCAGCAACAACAGCAGCAGCACCAUAUACAACAGCAGCCGAUCAUCUUUUAUCCCAAUCAGCCGCCGCCGGCGCUGCCAUACGUGAACCACGCUCAACACUCGUCCAGCAGCAGUAGUAAUGGCAGCAGCGGUGGCGCCGCUCUACAACUGAGUGGCGCCGCCAGCAACAGCUCGCUGGGACAUGCCCAUGGCCAUAACCAUCACAGCCAUGGUCAUGGUCACGCGCAUGCGAAUGGCGUCCUUACGCCAGCCAGCAGCAAUACAAGUUUGGUGCGCGCCCUCAGCAAUCCGACGCUGCCGCCGCACUUUACGCAAUCAGCUGGCAUGAUCGCACCGGCCGGCGCUAAUGGGGGUGGAACUGGCACGGCCACCUAUAUAUCGGCAACCUAUAUGCCGUUCAAUCAUCCCGGCCUAAUUGGCGCACAGACCGUAGCGUUUGCAUCGAAUGGUGGUAACGCAGCGCCCGCUGGCGGUUUCUAUGCGACUGCAGCCCAACAGAAACAACAGUUGCCGUCUGGACAGCAGCACGGCGUUAAUCCUGGACCUGCCGCAAAUGCAGCACAACAACAGACCAUUACCUACUAUCACACGGCGCCGCUCAAUAACAACAGCAACAACAACAAUCCCGUAGGCAGCGCAGGCGGCAAUGGUGGCCAUCGUGGCAAUAUGCGCGGUGGGCAACGUUCGACGCCGCCGCAGCAGCCCAGCUAUUUUGCGUAUGCGGUGCCAUCAGCUGCGCCGCCGCCGCGUCCCACAUUGGUCAACAACGCAGCAGCGGCGGCGGCUGUCCAGCCACUUAUGAAUUCGCGGAGCACACCCCUAAAUGGAACGGCAGCGUUUCACAUGCCGCCAACAUUCUGUCCCAGCCUACCGAUUAUGCCGCCACCCAGCUUAAGCACGGCGCCGAUGAUAGCGGCCGCCGGGAUGAGUGCACCGGCGCCGGCUCCAACGGCCGGACUGCACACAUAUGCGCCUCAUUUGCAGAGCAGCAGUGCCACAGCCGUGGGACCCGUUCCUGGUGUGACUGGAUCGUUUUCGGCCACCUCACUGACCACAGCCGCCCAGCUGGCUGGGGGUGAUAAAUUCAAAGAGCGCCGGCAUGCUAUACCCAUCAUUCAUCCGGACACCAAGGAGAAUGUCCUGGAUCCAAAUUCAUCGGUUUUCAUCAAAAAAGACUCGAACUGCACACUCACAUCGAGUACGGGAAGCGAGAGCAGCAUUCCCCAAUACCAAUCGACCGCUAUAUCAUCGGAUUCAGGCUCAACUACCUUGAUGCUGUCCGGCGUCAUGGUGGAUCAUCAAAUGCAAACUGAGAAAGCUUCUCAGCCGGUCAGCGUCUGUCAGCCAGCCGCAUUUGCAUCAUCGCCCCCAUUGACCGACGAGGACAAGGUCAGCGUCAUUGUUAAGGACAUACUGGCCCACUCGGGCAAUCCAGACGAACACCUCAGCUUUUGGCAGUAUAAUGAUGUGGAUAAUGCCUCGGAAAAUGCAGCCGAGCUAGCCUGCGGUAACGUGGAUGCUCAUUUCGAUGACUUAUCGCCCACUGCUGGCAACAUGAACGUACCCGUGUUGUUCGAGGAGUCACUGGCCAGCAAGAAGCAGCGCCCCAAGUCGGCUAACAAGCAAAGCACCGCCACGCCAACAUCUAUAGCCAAUGCUGUGGCAGAGGCAGCCACCAGCAGCAACAAAGGAAUCAGCAUUCUAACCAGCAUCAAGCAUACUUCAGCGCCACAACAACAACAACAACCGCAGUCGCUGUCGCAGCAGCAGCCUCUCUUGCAAAAUCCAACAAAAACGAUGAGCACAAGCUUGGCAUCUGAUACGGUUCCAGCUAGUCCCACAAAGACCCAGAAACAAAAACCAGCUGUUCAGCAACAGCAGCAGUCGAGUUCUUCGUCAGCUGCCUCGACGCCCACACAUCAGCAAAAGUCGCAACAGCUCCAACAGCCGAAGCAAGUUAAGGGAGCGGCAGGACCGACAGGCACAGGCACAGGCCGAGGGCCAAGCCCAACUCCAGCGCCAACAGCUGGGCCAAGUCCAGGUUUGUCUGCAGCUGCCUUGCCGCAAAACAAUAUGAGCCGAAAGAAUCAGCGCAAGGCCCAGAAGCGCAAGGAGCAGGAGAAGAAAAAGCAAAAAGCCUCCGCCAACAUCACAAGCGGCACAACAGCCAGCGGCAGCGGCACCAGCAAUGUGGCCAACAACAAUAAUAAUAAUAAUAGCAGCAAGAGUGGUGCCACAAGCAGCUCAAAGAGCAAUGGGAAUGGAAACGGCAACGGCAACAAUAACAACAGUGCAACAAGUGGCGCCGAAACCUUCAUCACAUAUGUGACAACAACUAAAGCGACAGCCGCUGUCGCGUCCGCAACGCUGGACAAAACGGCGUCCUCGAUGACUGAUAAGCUUAGUGCAACUAGUAAUAAUUCUAGCUUAAGUUCUAGCAUAAGAGACAAGCAACCCAAAGAUCAGCCGCAGCAUUCUAGCAGCAACAAUGACGAUGCGGCUGCCAUCGAACAUAGAUUUGACGACAAGGAUAAAGACUCGUGUGAUAUGACACAGCAGCUGGACAAGCACAUGGCCAACGAGGAUAUUGUGGCCAAGUUUCUGCAAAAGAGUUUUGACGAUGCGCCCAGCCCAGCUGAGACACAGCUGGAAUUCCUAAACAGCAGCAGUUCCAUGUGCGACGACGAAGACUUACUAAGCGGUGCUUGCAUUGCCGAAAAGUUAACUGAGAGCAACGCAGGCAGCGGCGAACUAAUCGCUGAUAUUGCCAGCAAGUGCGUUGAGAGCAAUGUGGGCGAGCUGAAAUUUGGUGACUUUAGUGAGGAGACACCUGCACACAGUUCCAGUUUUAUUUGUAGCUCGACCUGGUCCAGCUCACAGCCCAUCGAUGUGACCAGCUCGCAGACCACCAUGUCAGAGGAUAAUGUGGAUUGUGCUCCAAAGGUUAGCACUCAAAAAAUUGAGGUGCCCGUCAAGAAGGCAUCGCCCAUGCAUCAGCCGGCCAAAAUAUCAGGCUCAAUUCAGAAGGCCGCCGGCGGCAAAACUCCGACUGCAACCGCCAAGAGCGCUACUAUCAGCAAAUUCAUAAGAUACAACAUAGAUGAGCUGCGCGAAUUGUCCAAGCUCAGUGAUUCACGCAAGCCGCCGCUGGUGCCCUGUCAGAAGGGCGACUGCAUUGCACAGCUUUUUGUUUCGCGACAGUCACAGCAGCAGCAACAGCAUCAUCACGCACAUAAUCCGCAUGGCCAGCAGUAUCAGCACGCGCACGAUUCGAUGGAUUAUGGUUCUGUUAAGCGCGGGCGUGGUCAUGGCCAUGGGCCGAAUAAGAAACAUCAUGAUGGCCAUCAACAGAUGGGCGGCAAUUCGAGUGGCAACAGCUCCGGGCCCGGCGGCAUGGGCAGCUCCAAUCAGCGGCACAUGGAUAUAAUACGUGUGCAGCUCUCGCUCAAAGAGGAGAUUAAGCUAUCGGAAUGCGAGAAUGCCUGGCAGCCGGAGACGCUGCGUCGCAUGUCCAUGUUCAGCACAACGGAACAAGACCCGGAUGAUGACAUGGAAGCGGUGCUGAAGAAAGUACGCGGCAUACUCAACAAACUGACCCCGGACAAUUUUGAGGUGCUGCUCAAGGAGAUGUCCAGCAUCAAGAUGGAUACCCAGGGCAAAAUGACAAAUGUUAUGCUGCUUAUAUUUGAGAAGACCAUCAGUGAGCCGAACUUUGCGCCUACCUAUGCGCGAUUCUGUAAGGUGCUAUUCCACGAGAUCAAGGCAGAGAACAAAUCGCUGUUUACCAGCUCGCUUAUCACGCGUAUUCAGCACGAGUUUGAGUCGAAUGUGAACGAUGCCAAUGCCAAGGCCAAGAAACUGCAGCCCACACAGGAACGCAUUAACGUGUGCACGGAUGCGGCCAAGAAAGCCGAACUGCGUGCCGAAAUGGAGGAUCUUGAGUAUCAGUUUAGGCGCCGCGCCUGGGGCACUGUGCGCUUUAUUGGCGAGCUAUUCAAGCUGCAAUCGCUGACCAGCGAUCGGGUGCUUCACUGCGUCGAAUCGUUGCUGGAGCAUGGCUGUGAGGAGAAACUGGAGUACAUGUGCAAGCUGCUCACAACUGUUGGCCAUCUGCUGGAGGCUGGCCCACCAGAGCAGUACCAGAGCGGUGUGCGCAUCGAGAAGAUCUUUCGCCGUAUCCAGGAUAUUGUACAGCGCUCACGUGGCAACAGCAACAAUAGUCGACAGCAUCAGCUUAACAUCAAGAUUAGCAGCCGUGUGCGCUUUAUGAUGCAGGAUGUGCUUGAUUUACGCUCGCGUAACUGGGAUCAGCCGGUGACAACUCACUCGACCGCUGGCAGUCGGCAGCGUCACAAACAGCACGACGAGCCCAAGGCACAGCCACAACAACAGCAACAGCAGCAGCACAGCGGACGUGGCGGCGGCCACCUGCCACAGCAACAGCAGCAGCAGCAGCAACAACAGUCGAACUACCAGUAUCAACAGCAGAAGCAACACCAUCAUCAUCAUGGCUACAAUGAGAGCAGCAAUUACUUUAUGCAAAAGGUGCCCAAGGCGCAGCAGCAUGAGAACCAAUCCCUAAGCAUAGAUCCCAACAAGCUGCGCUUCAGCAGCAGCAACAACGACGACGCAGUGACCGCCAAGCUGGGCAACUCCUCGCACUAUCAGUGGCGCAAUGCCAGCAAUCGUCCGGUCAGUGCAGCACCAGCGACACAGCCCAGUUUGCUCAAGCGCAUGCCGCCAACAACAAGCUCUUUUAACUAUCCGACGUAUCAACAGCAAACGACGCCAGCGGCAGUCGGGCCCCUUGCCGCCAACAGGAACAACAACAUGGAGCCCAGCAGCGUCGAGGUGGAUUUCGAUGGGAAACAGUGUCAAGAGAUGCUCACAAAGCUGGUCGAAGAAGUGCUCAGCACCCGAGACUGGCAAACGGAAGUGCUAGCCAUUUGGCGUAAUUCAAAUGCCAAGCAACAGGCUGCUGUGGCCAUCAUAUACUAUGUCCUGAUAGAUUACGUGCAUCGUGCGGAAGUCAAGCGACAACAGCGCUUGGCAUGCGCCAAUGUCUUUUCGUACCUAAUGCAGCAGGAGGCAUUCGGCAGAGGGAGCUUUGCUCAGGCGUACGGCCGUUUCGGGGAGGAGUUUCGCGAUCUGCUGGUGGAUGUGCCCAACGGCUGGACCUAUGUCUUUGAGUUUCUCGGACCCAUAAUGCAUGAGGGUGGUCUCGAGUUCAAGGAUGUGUGGCAGCAGCGCUGGCUCGAGGACCCACAAUUCACGGAACGCUUUGUACGCGCCUUUGUCAGCUACUUUGUUCAAGAAUUUGGCGCCGGAUAUACACACAAGCUGUGGCAUGUGGACAGCAAACUGGAUCGAGGCCAGUUAUUUUGGAGCGAUGCUCGCAAGUAUCGCGACUUUUUGCAGUCGAAUAGCUUUCAGUUUCUGGAGCCGAACAGCACAGGCACAGCUAGUAUGCAGCGGCCCAAGGUCGCACGCACCCAGGCGGAGCAUGUGGAACGGAUUAGCUAUUUGCUGCGUCUGUCCAGUGACACCGCCAUCGAUUAUAUCAAUACCAAUGUGCAUAUUAAUGUGAAUUUUGUGCGUCACCUUACCAAAUUCCUUUGCUGUGAUUUCGCAUUAACUGUGAUCAGCAAUACAUCAGCCAAGAACUACAAUAACAACCAUAGUACUAACAAGAAUAAACUGCAACUGCAGCUGAAUGUGGAGAGCUUCCGGAGACAUUGUACUCCGCUGCUGCGGCUGUGCAUUGAUGCGCAGGAGGCGCACGAGAUUGCAUGCAUCGAGGAGACGGUCGAUGCGCUGCAGGAACACUUUGCGCUUGAAAUGGAGGAUGAGAUGGCCGCGGGCGAGACCAUCUGCAGCACCUGGAGCGUACUGUACGACUGUGAGGUAAUAUCGCGGGACUCGUUUGAUAAGUGGUUCAAGCAGGAAUUGGAACAUUCCGCCGGAUACCCUCGGGCCCUUAUGGACAAAUUGCGUGCUUUUAUCGAGGAAAUGUAAAGACAGCACCGCCCCCGCCCACACCCAAUGCAGGAACAACUACAACUACAACAACAACAACAACAACAACGAAGCAAAUAGCAGGCAAAAAAAUAUAUAAAAACAAAACACAUAUUUAUAUGUAUAUGACAAUUGAAACAGCGCCAUUUGGCCUUUAAAUCAUACACCACGCGCGGUCGUAUAUGCAUACACACCUAUAUAUACACCUCUAUACAAACAGACAGAAACCACUUUUACAUUGCAAUUGAAACAAACUGAGAAACAAACAAACAGACGACAAACAACGGCAUAUAUUAUAAACUAUUGCAAUAAAAAAUAUACAAAACGCAUAAAU